AUGGACCCCAUCAAGUAUAUAUUCGAGAAACCAGCUCUUACCGGCAGAAUUUCCCGAUGGAAGAUGUUGUUAUCAGAGUACGACAUCCAAUAUGUCUCACAAAAGUCCAUCAAGGGAAGUGUACUAGCAGACCAUCUUGCUCACCAGCCAAUAGAGGAUUACCAACCGUUGAAGUUUGACUUCCCAUACGAGGACAUCAUGUUCAUCAAGGACUGUGAAACCCCUGAACCUAAUGAGGGACCUGAACCAGAAAAACAGUGGACUCUCAUGUUCGACGGUGCUUCAAAUGCUAUAGGUCAUGGGAUUGGGGCAAUGUUGAUGUCUCCUAAGAAUUUUCAUCUUCCAUUCACUACAAAGCUUUGCUUUACCUGCAUGAACAACAUGGUUGAAUAUGAAGCCUACAUAUUUGGGCUAGAGGAGGCUAUUGAGUUAGAGAUUAAAAUCCUUGAGGUAUACGGAGAUUCCGCUCUAGUGAUACAUCAAAUUAGAGGUGAUUGGGAAACGAUACAUUCUAACCUGAUUCCAUACCGGGAUUAUAUGUUGAAGUUACCACCAAAAUUUGACAAAAUAACUUUCUCUCAUAUUCCUCGAGAAGAGAAUCAGAUGGAAAAUGCUCUAGUAACCUUGGCUUCCAUGUUUAAGUUAAUAUGGCCUAACCAUCAGCCUAAUAUUGAAAUCAGGCAUUUCGACGAACCUGCUCAUUGUUUGACAACAACAGAAGAGUCGGAUGAUAAACCCUGGUUUUCGACACCAAGCAUUAUCUGGAGAAGCAAGAAUAUUCGGCAGAGGCUUUCAGCCUUGACAAGAGGAAUAUGCGGAGGUUGGCAUCGAAGUUCUUCUUGA